ACUAUGUAGUUGAGCAUUAUAGCCAGGAUAGAGAGAGACGAAUAUGGAAGGUUUGUUUCAUUCUGGUGCCCUUUCCGUUCUUUCUGUUCUAGAACGGGAUGGGCGAGUGGAAUGUGAGAGGACCACGUUCGCUGCGAAUGGGACUUGUUCACGUGUGAGGAUCUGCCUCCGCUCCUCCUCCAUACUACACCAUCUUCUGUCCCAAGGCUCUUCUCUUCUUCCUUUCUUCUUCUACUGCACCGUCUUCUGUCCCAAGGCCCUUUUCUGUUAAAUGUGUUUUAAAAUUGAUAAUCGAUUUUAAUUUUAGAACUCCGUCUCGUCUCGUCUCGUCGACAGUUUUACGAUGUGUCUCAUUUGAAAAGUAAAUUAUAAAGAGAAAAUAAAAUGUCUGUUAGUGCAUAACAGAAGUCUCGGGUCGACACCGGAGGACUCCGACUCGUAACAUUUUCUUCUUCCUUUCUUCUUGUAGUGCUGCUUGUUUUACGAAGGUUGAGGAUUACUUUGAACUAGCAUUGCCCUUUCUUUAUUCCCCUGAUGGAUCUGAUGUAUAGCGAUUAAACCCCCCCCCUUUUUUUUUUUCUUUUCUCUCCAUUUGAAUUGAUUUAAUUCGGGGCAAGGUUUUCCCUGAUUGUCGGAUUUCCUCUCUUCGAUAGGGUUUGUUUCUAAGAGGUUCGGGGGGGCUUUAUAGAGUGAGUUAUUACCACGGAAACACAGAUUUCUUUUUCUCUUAUCUAGAAUCUACUUCUGAGGCAUCCUGUCGUCGCUUUCGUGUUUUCUUUACCCAGCUGAUAUCUUCAGCCCCCGAGCAUCCAAAUUUGCUCCGUUAGUGUUGGCUGCUUUUGCGCUUCAAAGCCGGUGGUCCGUGAUUCCGAUUUGCGCGGAAGUAUUGAGCCUUGGGAUUGAGGUUCCGAUUCUCGGUCGAAUCGAUCAGUCGCGGUAGCAGAGGGCCUGAAUCUCGGUUUGGACAUUCUCUGUAGGCGGUGGCAGAAGUAGAGAUGCUCUAACCCCCGAAAUCUCUAAGUCUCUGGGGAAAGAGCAGCUGGUUUGGGGGAAAGAAGGUGGGAGGCGUGUGGUUGUUGUAUUGUAUAGCAAGAAAGAAGAACGAGAUGUCGUCGUCGAGGUCGAACAGAGAGAGGACGUGCUCUCGGAGUGGCUCGGCGCGGUCCAAGCACAGCGCCCGUGUGGUCGCGCAGACCUCCCUUGACGCCAAGCUCCACGCAGACUUCGAAGACUCGGCGCAGCCUUUCGACUACCCGACCUCCAUGGGCGCCGCCAACCGCUUGAGCGGCGCCGGUGGCGCCGCUGCCGAGAGCAGCAGCGGCGUUCCCUCGACCGCCCUCGUCUCCCUCUACCUCCAGCGAUUGCAGCGCGGCAAGUUCAUCCAGCCCUUUGGAUGCAUGCUGGCCGUCGAGGCCGACACCUUCCGCAUCAUCGCGUACAGCGAGAACGCCCCCGAGAUGCUCGAUCUCACGCCUCACGCCGUCCCCAGCAUCGAACAGCAGGAUGCCCUGACCGUUGGUACGGACGUCCGGACGCUCUUCCGCUCCCCGAGCUCCGCCGCCCUUCAGAAGGCCGCAAGCUUCUCCGAAGUCAACCUCCUUAAUCCGAUUCUAGUCCACUGCAGAAUCUCGGGGAAGCCCUUCUACGCUAUCGUGCACCGGAUUGAUGUCGGAUUGGUCAUAGACUUGGAGCCUGUAAAUCCGUCCGAUGUGCCUGUGACUGCGUCUGGAGCACUAAAAUCCUACAAGCUAGCCGCUAAAGCCAUCUCUAGGCUACAGUCUUUACCCAGUGGGAAUAUUCCUUUACUGUGCGAUGUUUUGGUUCGGGAGGUGAGCGAGCUUACGGGUUACGAUCGGGUGAUGGCUUACAUGUUCCACGAAGACGAGCAUGGCGAAGUUAUAGCCGAGUGUAGGAGAUCGGAUCUGGAGCCUUAUCUCGGCUUGCACUAUCCUGCCACUGAUAUCCCGCAGGCUUCGAGGUUUCUUUUUAUGAAGAACAAAGUGAGGAUGAUUUGCGAUUGCACUGCUCCACCGGUCAAGGUAAUACAGGAUAAGAGACUAGCUGAGCCGCUGAUCUUGUCGGGCUCGACGUUAAGAGCUCCUCACGGCUGCCAUGCUCAGUAUAUGGCUAAUAUGGGCUCUAUUGCCUCCCUUGUCAUGUCUGUUACCAUUAACGAGGAUGAGGAAGAAACCGGCAGUGACCAACAACAGCACAUGGGGAGGAAGCUUUGGGGUUUGGUGGUUUGCCAUCAUACAAGCCCAAGGUUUGUCCCUUUUCCACUCAGGUAUGCUUGUGAGUUCCUGUUGCAAGUGUUCAGUAUUCAGCUGAACAAAGAGGUAGAGUUAGAGGCUCAAGCAAAGGAGAAGCAUAUCCUCCAGACCCAGACCCUUCUUUGUGAUAUGCUUCUGCGAGAUGCUCCUAUUGGUAUUUUCACUCAGUCGCCUAAUGUUAUGGAUCUUGUUAAGUGCCACGGCGCAGCACUUUAUUACAAAAAUCAAUUUUGGCUUCUUGGAACUACACCUUCUGAGUCGCAGAUAAAGGAUAUUGUGGCGUGGCUUUUAGAGUAUCAUGAUGGGUCUACAGGGUUGAGCACCGACAGCUUGGCAGAAGCCGGUUAUCCCGGUGCUUCUGCUUUGGGAGACGCAGUCUGUGGCAUGGCCGCAAUUAAGAUUACUUCAAAGGAUUUUAUGUUUUGGUUUCGAUCCCACACUGCAAAGGAGAUUAAAUGGGGUGGAGCUAAAAAUGAACCGGCCGAUAGGGAUGACGAGGGACGGAAAAUGCAUCCGCGGUCUUCGUUCAAGGCAUUCUUGGAGGUGGUGAAAUGGAGGAGCCUCCCAUGGGAAGAUGUUGAAAUGGAUGCUAUCCAUUCCUUGCAGCUCAUAUUGCGAGGUUCUUUGCAAGAUGAGCUUGUCAAUGAUAAUGCAAGGAGCAUUGUGAAAGCACCGUCAGAUGAUGUGAAGAAGAUACAAGGGCUGGAUGAACUGCGUACAGUUACAAAUGAGAUGGUUCGGCUUAUUGAAACAGCAACAGUGCCCAUUUUGGCUGUUGAUGCGUCUGGGAACAUAAAUGGUUGGAAUACAAAAGCGGCAGAAUUGACCGGAUUGCCUGUUCAGGAUGCAAUUGGUAUGCCACUGGCUGAUCUUGUUACGGGCGAGUCAGUCGAAGUGGUCAAAAACACCCUAAGCUUAGCUCUACAAGGAAAAGAAGAGCAGAAUGUGGAAAUUAAAUUGAAGACCUUCAAUCAAGAAGAAGACAAUGGGUCUGUAAUUUUGGUGGUCAAUGCAUGCUGUAGUCAUGACAUAAAGGAUAAAGUUGUAGGAGUUUGCUUUGUUGCACAAGAUGUGACAGGGCAGAAGAUGCUCAUGGAUAAAUUUACCCGCAUUCAGGGCGACUACACUGCAAUUGUAAGAAAUCCAAGCGAACUCAUCCCCCCAAUAUUCAUAAUUGAUGAGCAUGGUUGCUGUUCUGAAUGGAACGCAGCUAUGCAAAAGCUCUCUGGCAUGAAGAGGGAGUGUGCAAUAGAAAAAAUGCUUGUUGGAGAAGUUUUUGCUGUCCACAGUUUUGGCUGCAGAGUGAAAGACCAUGACAGUCUCACCAAGCUCAGGAUUGUGCUGAACAGUGUAAUUGCUGGUCAAGAAGCAGACAAGAUUUCAUUUGGAUUCUUUGAUUUGAAUGGAAAGUAUGUGGAAGCAAUACUUUCAGCAAGCAAGAGAACUAACUCCGAGGGUAAAAUAACAGGGGUUUUGUGCUUUUUACACGUAGCCAGUCCAGAGAUUCAGCAUGCUCUGCAGGUGCAGAAGAUGUCUGAGCAAGCUGCAAUGAACAGCCUCAAGGAAUUAACCUAUCUUCGUCAAGAGAUAAGGAACCCUCUAAAUGGAAUCUUAUUUACUCGUAGUUCAAUGAACUCUUCUGAUUUGACCAAGGACCAGAGGCAGCUUCUGAGAACAAGUUUUUUCUGUCAAGAGCAGUUGUCAAAAAUAUUAAAUGAUAUAGAUCUAGAAAGCAUCGAGCAGUGCUACAUGGAGCUCAACACGGUGGAAUUCAACCUUGGAGAAGUCCUGGAUGCAGUUGUAAUCCAGGGGAUGGCUCUAAGCGAGGAUAGACAAGUGCCUCUGGGCCGUGAUUGGCCUGCAGAAGUAUCUAAUCUGUACUUAUAUGGGGACAACUUGAGGCUGCAGCAGGUUCUAGCAAACUUCUUAUCUAGCGCACUCCAAUUCACACGACCGUCUGGAGGCUCAAUUCUACUUCGGGUCAUUCCUCGAGUGGAACAAAUAGGAACUCGGGUGCAAAUUUUCCAUCUUGAGUUCAGGAUAAUUCAUCCUGCACCUGGUAUUCCUGAGGCUUUGGUACAAGAGAUGUUUCACCAUAGCCAGGGUGCAUCGAGAGAAGGCCUGGGCUUGUUCAUCAGCCAGAAGCUCAUAAGGAUCAUGAAUGGCACCGUGCAGUAUCUGAGAGAAGCAGAGAGAUCUUCUUUCAUCAUUCUAGUGGAGUUCCCAUUGGUCCACCGUAAGCAAAGGAGAUUAUGAGGUUUGUUACUGGGUGGCGGGAAUAGAUAACAAUCUUGGUUCUCCUUGAACUUUGCUUGUUUAUGAGGCCCAUUUGGUGCCGGGUUUAGAACAUCCGCUGUCAAAGGCAAUCAGCAAACCUAACAUGGAAAAAAACCUACUACCUUAAUUUCAUUUCAAGUCGCUAUAUUAGUGAUUGAUGGAUGAAUAUAGCAGUUGUUUUGGGUCCUUCGUAUAUCUCUACCGCCUCUGCAUCAGAGGCGGGGAAAUAAAAUUGGAGCACUCUUUUUAGUCUCAAGGUUCCGCUUGAAAUUUAUUAGCAAAGAGUUGCCUAUGGUCUUUCCUUUGAAGAAGAAAUUGUUAGCAGAGGGUAUUUGUAUGUAACUUGUCAAUCACUUGAAAUAUUGUGUUUCAUUUUAUUUUAGGGUAAACUUCAAUUUAUCCCACUGUGGCUUUAUGUUAUAAGCAGCAGGUUGUUACGGUAAGCUCUACUACAAAACAAAAUUUAGUGUGAAUUAACAUAAA